AUGUCAGGCUACUAUUGGUUUGAAGGAAUACCUUUCCCUAGUAGAGGGUUUCAAAAAGAAAUAAUUGAAGAAGUUCGUGAUAAGUUUGUGAUAGGAGAUGAAGACAUAAUCAUACUGGCUUAUCCUAAAUCAGGGACUAACUGGCUGAUUCAGAUUGUCUGCUUGAUUCAGACCAAGGGGAAUCCAGAAUGGGUCCAAUCUGUUCCUACCUGGAAACGCUCACCCUGGAUAGAAAGUAAUGGAGGAUUUCAAAAUUUAACCAAUAAGGAGAGGCCGUAUCAGAUUUCCUCCCACCUUCCCUUCCAUCUUUUUCCCAGAUCGUUCUUCAGUUCCAAGGCCAAGAUAAUAUAUGUCAUCAGAAAUCCCAGAGAUGUCCUUGUGUCUGGUUAUUUUUUCUGGUAUAAGACAAACCUUUUCAAGAAUCCAGAUUCACUGGCAACUUAUUUUGAUUGGUUUCUCAAAGGAAAUGUGCCAUAUGGAUCAUGGUUUGAACACACUCGUGGCUGGCUGUCCAUGAGAGGAAGUGAAAACUUCCUGCUGCUGAGUUAUGAAGGCAUGGACAAAGACCCAAGGAGAACAAUAGAGAAGAUCUGUGACUUCCUAGGAAAGAAAUUAGAGCCAGAUGAGCUGGAUAUGGUCCUCAAGUACAGCUCCUUCCAAGCCAUGAAAGAAAAUAAAAUGUCGAAUUUUAGUCUCAUCACAGACGAUAUUGCUCCUAAUGGUUUACUCCUCAUGCGAAAAGGCACAACUGGGGACUGGAAGAAUCACCUUACAGUAGCCCAAGCUGAAGCCUUCAAUAAAGUAUUCCAGGAAAAAAUGGCCGGUUUUCCUCCAGGACUUUUCCCAUGGGAAUGA